GAGAUAGGAGCAGAGAUACCAUCGUUCAGAGCCGAACCUCAGCGCGGCUGCGCAGGGCACGUGCACAUCCUCUCGGAGUCCCGGCGAUUGGCUGUGACGUAACUUCCGGUGUGAGCGGCGAAAGCCGGGAGGGCGAGCGAGAGCGAGCAGGCAGCAGGCAGCAGGCGGGCGGACGGACGGCACGAAGGGAGGGAGCAAGUGAGCAGUGAGUGGGCCAGCGAGAGCGGCCGCGUCCCGAGAGCAGCCGAGAUUCCUCCCGUCCCUCUGACCCUCUCCCCGGAGCCCACAGCGCCUCCGGUCUCCAGCGGAGCGGACACGGCCCGGCCCGGCCAUGGCCUCGUUGCUGAAGGUGGAUCAGGAAGUAAAGCUCAAGGUUGAUUCUUUCAGGGAGCGGAUUACAAGUGAGGCAGAAGACUUGGUGGCAAAUUUUUUCCCAAAGAAAUUGUUAGAACUUGAUAGUUUUUUGAAGGAGCCAAUCCUAAACAUCCAUGACCUAACUCAGAUCCACUCAGACAUGAAUCUCCCAGUCCCUGACCCCAUUCUUCUCACCAAUAGCCAUGAUGGACUGGACGGUCCCACUUACAAGAAGCGAAGGUUGGAUGAAUGUGAAGAGGCCUUCCAAGGAACCAAGGUGUUUGUGAUGCCCAAUGGGAUGCUAAAAAGCAACCAGCAGCUGGUGGACAUUAUUGAGAAAGUGAAGCCUGAGAUUCGGCUGCUGAUCGAGAAAUGCAACACGGUCAAAAUGUGGGUGCAACUCCUGAUUCCUAGGAUAGAAGAUGGGAACAACUUUGGGGUGUCCAUUCAGGAAGAGACAGUUGCAGAAUUAAGAACUGUUGAGAGUGAAGCAGCCUCUUAUCUGGACCAGAUUUCUAGAUAUUAUAUUACAAGAGCCAAAUUGGUUUCUAAAAUAGCUAAAUACCCCCAUGUGGAGGACUAUCGGCGCACCGUGACAGAGAUUGAUGAGAAAGAAUAUAUCAGCCUUCGGCUCAUCAUAUCAGAGCUAAGGAAUCAGUAUGUCACUCUACAUGACAUGAUCCUGAAAAACAUCGAGAAGAUCAAACGGCCCCGGAGCAGCAAUGCAGAGACACUGUACUGAGGCCAGGGCCAGGGCCAGGGGACUCUGUGAGUCUGGCUCAAGACCGACAUUGCCUUGGUUUGUUACAUGACUAUCGUGAUGGGGAAACUGGCUGGAAAUAGUAAUCACACCUCUCUCUGUUUUUAGUUAGAGUCUAAUGAAACUCUCAUGUAGUUCUGUGACGUGUUUACCUCUUUUUUCAGGCCUCAGGAACUCUUCUAUUUCCUUCCCUCAUACCCCAGACCCCCGUCCUAAUUUCUGGAGUACUCCAGGUUUGUGUGCGCAGGAUGUUGGCACAAGUUUACUUGUGUUUUCUCUCCCCACUUCCCUUCUGUGUCUUGGGCUUUAUGUUUUCUUCCCUUUGAUGUUCAGUUGGUUAGAAGUUGAGGGAACUUGAAGGAAAGUGCUAGGUGUUUUGUAGGAACUGGGGCUGGAUGGGGGGACCAGCUUCUCUCUUCCUGAUGGCAGGUUAGUAUCUCUUGCCACUGUGGGACAUUGGAUCUUCCCUGCCACAGUUGCCCUGGUGAUGACUUAGGGUUUCCCAUCCACAUACAUGACACCUUGAACCUGAUCACGACAAGAAACACCUUAGACCUUUUGCCAAGUCCCUAGCUCCUUCAGAUAUUUUUAUAAGUAGGAUUUUCACAUACACAAAUGUGCAUCACACACACACACACACACACACACACACGUGCGCGCCCUCCGACUCUGUUACUUGAUGCCUCCCCCACUCUGCCCCACCCACAGACCUUGUCUGUCUGUCAGUCUGUCUGUGUCUCACACACACACAUAGACCAUUCAGAAGGUGAUAGUUGUCUAAGUCCUUAUCCGCUGGGACCCAUUGUCUCCUAACAUUGUAGCCUCUUGGUGCUUGAGGCUGGUGGGUUGGAAGACAGCUGAGAGAUGAGAAGCAGAGGGAGUGGGGAAGGCCCCUUCCUCUGUGACUCGGGUCCUUUUGGACGAGUUGAAAUUGGUGUGGGGGUGACCAGAAGCUGCUGCUCCUACUGGGCUUUCCCAUUGGGAAAAGUGUUUCUCUUAUUUAUAGUGUUGUGCUUCCAGGGAAAGCAGUCACUUGUGUGUGUAUGUGUGUGCAUGCACACGUAGGCAUGUACACGUUGUGUGUAUGUGGACAUCUGUUGGGCAAGUCAAAACCAUAGAAGAGUUGCCUCUUAUCUCUCGAAUCGUCUGGAGAUAUCACUUGUUACAGCUUUUGUGUUGACCCUCAUCAACCCCCACUUUUUUAUUCUCACCACUGGAGAGAGAGUCUGUCGGUGACUCUCUCGGUGUCUAAUUCUGACUUUUAUUCUUUGUCUUGUCUCUGUCUUCCAACCUCCAAUCGUAUUUCCACCUGGAUGCAUCAUCUUUACUCCCAGUGCGCUGUAGAGAAGGAGUUCGGGUGUGGUCUUCCCGUGAAUAGUACUCAGUAACAAACCAAUUGCAUUUUAGUUGGGCAGUGCUCCUACCCACCCUCAGACCCCUUUCAACGAAAACCCUCCCUUCCUCCCAACAUGUGUUUCUCAGUUUCCCUUUUUGUUUGUUGGAUUGUUCCAGUGCCCCUGCUCCCCACCUUACCACCCUUGGAUCGUAAUGUAAAAUUCUUUUACCAUGUCAAGAAAUUAUUAAAAAUACAGGUACUUUGACCUCUUUCUAAA